GAAUAACCGAAACCGAAAAUACAGAGAUAUAUCUUAUGUAGUUCUUUUUUUAGACAAACCUGUUUGAUAAACAUGGGGACCUGGAUCGAGCUAACGAACUUUAUGUGUCCAGCCUGUCCAGACAAAAAAGGCUCAGACUGGGUAUGUGCAGUUGAUGCAGGGUCAGUUUUUAUAAACGAGGAGGGUAUUAUGGAAUGCCAAUCACAAACGCAUACAGGCCCGGUUAUAAACUGGAAAUGGAACUGUGGCAGCGAUUAUCAUAAUGGGGAGUUUUUGCAGACUGACUUUGAAGGUUUCAGUUUUGCAAUGUCUCAGGCAGUGCAACUUACCAAUCGAGCCGGAUCGGAAUGGGUGGCUAUACUGCUACACAAUGUUGGAAAGCAAUACGGAAAAUGAUGAACUGGUAACCAAACUUGAAAGGGAACGGCUAUUUCUUUAUUUCACUCUCAAAGAACUCAUAAGUUCCAAGGACUAAUAGUCAUUACAUUAAAUAUACUAAUCAAAACUUUUAACCCCCUCUCGAUAUUGUGUCAAUAUCUUUUAUCAUAUUAGGAGUUCAGGAAUUGAAUUUGUCACAGAUAUAGACAAUUAUUGCUAGUGACAAAAAAGUUCAAUAAAAUAAAAUAAUUCUGUCAUAUCAUUUUAUAUAGUUUACGACCUAUACCAAUUUUUGAUGUCAUAAAAAUGCAUACAAUUGUCUAGAAUUUACCACUGAACAAACGUCGUUAUGGCAAAUUAUGACAAAAACAAUAUUACUUCUUUAACUUGUCAUAUAUUGGGAGUAAAUCUAAAUUUGAACUAAUAUUUGACCAUAUAUAGGGAAAACUCAACAUAAAUACUUGUACACCUCUGCAUCCUUAUAGAUGAUAUUUGAUAAUUGAAAAAAGUCUAAUUCUGUGACUUUCUAAAUGUUGGUAGAGAUAUUAUAAACUGAAUUAUGUGCUAUAUUUGCACAAUUUGAUUUUGUUGCCUUUAAUAAUGAUCGCGAGCGAAGGUAACAAAAGUUAUGGAAACGACUAUUUGUUUCACUUUUAAGACCUGUCAAAUUUGUCAUUUACUUCAACGUCGUGUCAGUUGACCCAGUCUCUUCAAACACAUAGUUUUGUAAGUAUCUUGUAGCUUUAAGCAUUAAAAUACUUUGAUACAAACAAUUGUUGUUUUGAUAUAUGCGGGGUUAGGUUCACUCAAAUGAAAUUAUGUAUAUCAAAGAGAGUUGAUUGUUAUUGAAACUUAUCUAAAAAUGAUCACAAUAUAAUUGGGAUGUAA